AUGCAGCUGGAACAGAAUAGUGAUAUGUCAGUUAGUGAAUAUGAGAGGAAGUUUACAGAGCUAUCCCGAUUCGCUCCUCACAUUGUUGCAAAUGAGGUACACAAGGUUAAAAAGUUUGAGCGAGGGUUGAUCUCUCACGUGAAGAAGUUUGUGGUGGGUUAUCGUUAUGACACAUAUGCUAAAGUGAGGGGUCUGCAACAACAGACUCAGAGAAACUGGCAGGGUCAAUCUUGGCAGAGAGGCAGACAAGAUUGGCGAGCAGGGAAACGUCAGAGAGUUAGUGAAGAUGAUCAAUCCACAACUUUAGUACCAGCCACGCCUCAUGAUACACAGCCACAUCAAUUCAUCGGGUAUUGCUACAAUUAUCGUGAGAAAGGACAUAUGGCUCGUAAUUGUCUCAAGCCUCGUAAGAAUGAACAGCAUCAGAGAGGUCAAGCACCACAGCAGCACGGAGGUGUAAGGUUUUAUGCAGUUGUUCCAGAUGGGAGAUACGACCGUGCACCACCAGCAGUAAAAGGUACACUUACUAUUUAUGGUAGUAUAGCUAGAGUACUGUUUGAUUCAGGUUCUUCAUGUUCUUUUAUUGCACUAUCAUUUGUGGACACACUGGGAUUAGAACUUGGACAUAUGAGUAAUACCCUAUUUAUUACAACUCCAUUUGGGAGCGUAACUAUACUUGAUAGAAUAUGUCGUGCUUGUUCUGUUACAAAUGGGGAGUUGGAGUAUCCUAUUGAUUUGAUAGUAUUACGUAUAAGAGACUUUGAUGCUAUACUGGGUAUGGAUUGA